AUGUCUAGCAUAAUACAAAUCAACUACCCAGAUCCUGGAUUUUGGACGGCAACUUCUAUGAUUCAAUUAGGGUAUGGAGUUUGGGUGAAUUUAUCAAUGGUGACAAUUGGAUUAGCUUAUGGUUUCUCAGCUGUGGCACUGCCUCAACUAAGCUUACCCGAAUCUUUGGUAAAAGUGACAAUCGCUGAUGAAUCAUGGAUCGCCAGUGUCAUAUCUUUAGCUUCCCCAGUUGGUUGUGUUUUGUGCGGUUAUUUGAUAGAUAAAUUUGGGAGACGUACAAUGAUAAUUUACAGUCAACUACCGGUUUGUGUCGGAUGGUUGUAUACUGGUAUUGCGAGCUCUGCCAAACAUCUAAUACUAGGUAGAAUUAUUACUGGCGUGGGUCUUGGAAUGGUGAUGUGCGUUCCUAGAGUUUAUAUGACAGAAGUUUCACUACCGAAUAUGAGGGGUGUGAUAGGCUCCUUCCCAAAUAUCGCUAUGUCUCUUGGUCUUACUAUGCAGGCUGCUUUAGGUUCUAUGUUGAGAUGGCCAACGCUGUGCUACGUAGGCUCUGCCUAUACAAUGUCAUUAUUUUUAAUGAACUUUUGUCUUCCUGAAACACCAUAUUAUUUACUUCAAAAAACGUCAAUAGAAGAUGCGCAGGUGUCUCUCAAGAAAUUCCGUUCAAAGAAAUAUAAUAUCGAAGCGGAGAUGGAAGAACUUAUAGAUUUUAAGAACGAGAAUGAUAUUCAUAAGUAA